UUUUCGGCUUCCACACGGACCUAAAUAGUAAAGACCAACACUUCCUGUUGUUUGUGGCAACGUGGGGCAUGCGUUUUUAAUACUUAGAACUUACAAUUAUUGUACAUCAGUGUUAUGAGUGGAAAGUAUAUUUGACAGCCUCGACAAUGCAGAUAUCCAGUGUGAAUGAUGUGAAGAUUUAUAAUUUAAGCCACGGAAAGUCUCUUCCAGAGUGGCUUUCAGAUCGGAAGAAAAGGGCAUUGCAAAAUAAUGAUGUUGACAUCCAACGCAGGAUCGAGCUCAUCCAGGACUUUGAGAUGCCCACAGUGUGCACCUCAAUCAAAGUGUCAAGGGAUGGGCAGUUUAUUCUAGCAGCAGGCACAUACAAACCCAGGAUCCGAUGCUAUGACACGUAUCAGUUGUCCUUGAAGUUUGAACGGUGUCUGGAUUCGGAUGUUGUGGCCUUUGACAUUCUGUCCGAUGACUACUCAAAGUUGGUGUUUCUGCACUGUAACCGGUACGUGGAGUUCCACUCGCAGCAUGGACACUACUACAAGACACGCAUUCCCAAGUUUGGUAGGGACUUUGCCUACCACUACCCCUCCUGCGACCUCUACUUUGUUGGGGCAAGCUCAGAAAUAUUCAGACUCAAUCUGGAGCAAGGCAGGUUCCUCAACUCCCUUCAGACAGAUGCUGUGGAGCACAAUGUGUGUGACAUCAAUCCUGUCCAUCAACUGUUCGCUUCAGGAACAGCAGAGGGGAAAGUGGAGUGCUGGGACCCUCGUGUACGAAGUCGGGUGGGGAUGCUAGACUGUGCCUUGAGCAGCGUCACAGAGGGAACAGAAGUGGAGGGCUUGCCAUCAGUCAGCGCACUCAAGUUUAACGGCUCUCUCACCAUGGCUGUGGGAACGAGCACUGGGCAGGUCCUACUCUAUGACCUGCGCUCCAGCCGCCCCCUGCUGGUAAAAGACCAUUACUAUGGCCUGCCUAUCAAGUCUGUCAACUUCCAGGACCACCUAGACCUGGUUCUGACUGCGGACUCCAAGAUCAUCAAGAUCUGGAACAAAGACACGGGGAAAGUGUUCUCCUCCAUUGAGCCCCAGACGAACAUCAACGACGUGUGCAUCUAUCCUGGUUCUGGUAUGCUCUUCACUGCCAAUGAAGACCCCAAGAUGAAUACAUUCUAUAUCCCUGCACUGGGACCUGCUCCUCGCUGGUGCUCCUUCCUGGACAACCUGACAGAGGAGUUGGAGGAGAGCCCUGAGAGUACCGUCUACGAUGACUACAAGUUUGUCACCCGCAAGGACCUGGAGAACCUGGGUUUGUCUCACCUGGUGGGAUCUGCUCUCCUGCGGGCAUACAUGCACGGCUUCUUCAUGGACAUCAGACUGUACCACAAGGUGAAGACCAUGGCCAAUCCAUUUGCCUAUGAGGAGUACCGCAAGGACAAGAUUCGCCAGAAGAUAGAAGAGUCCAGGGCCCAGAGAGUACAAAUCAAGAAGCUGCCCAAGGUGAACAAGGAGCUGGCUCUCAAACUGAUGGAGGAGGGAGACGACGAGGCAGAACUGUCUGCCAGGAAGAAGAAGGGCAAGGCUCUACCCAGCAUCCUUAGCGACGAGCGUUUCCAGGUGAUGUUUGAGAACCCAGACUAUCAGGUGGAGGAGCAGAGUGAGGAGUUCCGCCUGCUCAACCCUAUCGUGUCCAAAGUGGGCCAGAAGAGGAGGAAGAAGCUGCGGCUGCUAGCCAAGCAGGCCACAGACGCCGAAAAUGCGGAGGCAGACCAGGAAGAGGAGGAACCAGAGGGGCGUGGCAGCUCAGACGAGAGUUCUGAUGAUGAUAAAAGCUGGGUGGACGAGGUCAGGGAGCAGCGGCGCCUCAUAUAUGAGGAGGGGAGGGACCGCAGGCGGCAGGAGAGGAAGCAGCAGGACCGCAACACCACCCUGCUGGACCAGGACUCCACCCAGAACCAUGCCCAGGGCAGGAAACAGGGUCAGCAGCCCCGCUUCUUCCAGAUCAAGGCUGGUGAGGAGUUCCGCAGCUUCGGGGACGUGGCGCGCAAGCAGAAAUUGCAGAAAGCAUCACUGGAGGAGCGUCUGAAGCUGGAGGAACGUUCUGGAACAGUAAACGUGGCUGACACAGCUGUUGGCAGCAAACAGCUCACCUUCACCCUCAAGAAGUCGGAGCAGCAACAGCGGCAGCAGCAGGCGGAGCGUGAUCACCACGAGGAGAGGAAGAAGCUGAGGAGGUCCGCUGGACACCUGUCGAGUGAGAGAGGCAGGGGUAGAGGAAGAGGCGGAUUUAGAGGGAGGGGCGGGAGUAGAGGCGGAUUUAGAGGCAGAGGAGGGAGUAGAGGCAGGGAGCACUACUGAGGUAGAGGCAGUGGUAACUGAACUACUCUCAGGGAAAAUACUGAGAAUAAGUAGCCCAAAGUCAAAAGAGUAAUGUCUUUUCUACAGCUGCUUACAGCCAUUUCCCAACCUAAUUUAUAAUAGAAUGGAACUUUGUUACCGUCUGGGAAUCAAAAGGUUGUGAUACAAAAGUGUCCUGACCGAUUGUGACCUGCCCUGUAACUCAGUUAUGAAGAUAUGUUGGUGGAGCUGCAAUGAAAGGAUACAAUGUGUAAUAUCUAUUGCGUCCAAAAUGGUGUGAUUGUGUGGUGUAUGCAGUUUGAUCUGUGUGCAUUCGUAUGUCCGUGAGAAGCUCCUGACCUUCAGUUUUUUUUUUUUUUUCACUUCACAAUCCUCAUUGUUCUCUAGUGCAGACAAAACAUAUCUGUAUUAUGCACUGUGCCUAGCCCAUAAACCCUUUCUACUAAACUUA